UCCUCAUCCCACCCCCCCUCUUCUUUGUAUCAUCUUGCUGUUUCGCCGUUUGACUGGAAAGAAUGCUGUUGAGAGGAAACUUUGUCUUGAGGAGCGCUGUGCGCUCGGUGCAUGGUAGCCAGAGAAGGCUCGCGUCUACCAAGUCGUUGCGCGAGACUCUUGAGGAAGUCAUUCCGCAGAAACAGCAGCGGCUCAUUAAACUCAGGAAAGAACAUGGGGCGACUGUCGUGGGUGACAUCAAGGUUGAGAAUAUUAUUGGUGGGAUGAGGACGUUGAAGACGUUGCUCUGGGAGGCGUCCGUGCUGGAUCCGAAUGAGGGCAUUCGUUUCCAUGGACUCUCAAUUCCAGAGUGCCAAAAGGUGCUUCCCGCGGCACCCGGUGGACGCGAGAUCAUUCCCGAGAGUAUGCUCUGGCUCCUCCUUACUGGGAAGGUACCCACUGCGGAGCAGACCAAGUCGCUCUCGCAGGAGCUCGCGGCGAAGGGAGAACUCCCUGCGCAAAUCGUGAAGCUUAUUGAUUCCUUCCCAGCAACUCUGCACCCCAUGACUCAACUCUCAAUGGGUGUGGCAGCACUCAACUCGACGUCCGAGUUCGCUCAGGCGUAUGAAAAGGGUAUCAAGAAGACUGAGUAUUGGAGGCCUGCGCUUGAAGACUCGCUUACUUUGAUCGCGCGUCUACCUACUCUGGCGGCACGGAUCUAUAAGAAUGUGUACAAGAAGGGUGAGAAGGUUCCCGCUGUGAACAAGGACUUGGACCUUGUUGGCAACUACACGAACAUGCUUGGAUUCGGUGCUAGCCAGGACUUGACGGAGUAUUUGCGUUUGUAUAUUGCCUUGCAUGGUGACCAUGAGGGAGGCAAUGUAUCUGCACACACAGCCCAUCUCGUCGGUUCCGCUCUCUCCGACCCAUACCUCUCAUAUGCUGCAUCUCUUCUUGGCCUAGCUGGCCCACUUCACGGACUCGCCAACCAAGAAGUCCUCCGCUGGCAACUUGCAAUGCAAGCCGAAGUCGGGGAGAAUAUCACCCCAGACAUCAUCCGCGAAUACCUCUGGCGUACGCUCAAGAGUGGACAAGUCGUUCCAGGCUAUGGCCACGGUGUUCUGCGCGCAACAGACCCUCGGUUCACUGCGCUUCUCCAAUUCUGCGAUGCGAGGCCUGAGUUGUUGGAGAGUCCGACGAUUAAGCUUGUCAAGCUCACGUCUGAAGUUGCGCCGGAGGUCUUGAAAGAACAUGGAAAGACGAAGAACCCUUACCCGAACGUUGAUGCUGGUUCGGGAUGCCUACUCUACCAUUACGGUCUGCACGAGUUCAAGUACUACACUGUCAUUUUCGGUGUCUCGCGCGCUCUUGGUGCAUUGACACAACUCGUAUGGGACCGUGCCCUCGGUCUGCCAAUUGAGAGACCAAAGUCUAUGUCAAUGGACGCUCUCGAGAGCUUCAUCAAGAAACAGGCCUAAACGCGACGUCUUUGAAUAACAAAUCCAAGAAGUGCGGGCUGCGCAUCGAAAAUGAAAAUCAGGGAAUAACGGCACUUGUUCACAUAUGCAUAUCCUUCUCUUCUCUACCUUUCUAUCUUCCGAGCCUCUCGUCUUCGACUCAUUUAUUUAUUUCAUCUUUUUCCCCUAACAAUCGACCAAUUGGAAGUCCACAUCGCACUUUGUCAUUUUGUCAUAUCUCUUUUGUAUCUAUUCACAAAAUCAUGAGACUAUCUUCCUUUUUUUAGCUUUAUCAAUGGGGAAGUAGGAAGAAGGUUCCGUCACUCUCAUACUAGUACUUGCUGUCCUUCGUGAACCUCGAAUAUGUAUGUAUACGCGCAUGCACAAAACAUCAAUCAAAGUAACUCAUAUUCAAAACUGC